AUGUCUAUCAAAGUAGCUACGAGAGUCAGACCAUUCAAUGAUCAUGAAAUUUAAAAAAAUCAACCAUUGUGUAUUGCUAUGAAUGGUAACAAGACUAUCCUAUUUGGUAUAAGUGACUUAUCAAUUAAGAUUCUGAUAAAGAAAAAGUUUUUCAUUUUGAUUAUUCUUUUUGGUCUCAUGAUAAAUUUGAAGUUGAUGAGAAAGGUUAUCGUAAACCACUUCCAAAUUCAGGAUAUGCUGAUUAAAAUAUGAUAUUUAAUACUGUCAGAAAGGAUACAAUAAAUCAACUGUUUUAAGGAUAGAAUUGUUGCAUUUUAACUUUUGGAUAAUAAAAAGUAUUAACUAAGAUUAUCUUUUUUAAGUCUGGCAGAUCUUAUACUUUAUCAGGAAGUGAUGAUAAUUAAGGAUUGAUUCAUAAUUUUGUGCAAGGAAUUUUUUANGUAGUAAAAUAAAAAGUUAUUAGAAAAUGGAGUGGACAUUAAGGUAGAAUUGGAUCAUUAGCAUGGAAUAAUUAUUUAUUAGCUACUGGAAGUAGAGAUAGAAACAUAUUAGUUAGAGAUGUUAGAUGUCCUAAUGAAUCUAUUUAGAAAUAUGUUGGACACAAGUAAGAAAUUUGUGGAUUAAAAUGGUCAUUUGAUGAACAACAAUUAGCAUCAGGAGGAAAUGAUAAUAAGUUAUUUAUUUGGUCUUUGAAGAACUAAGGAGAAUUAACUCAUUUUUCACAACAUUAAGCAGCUGUUAAAGCAAUUGGUUGGUCACCUCAUUAACACAAUAUUGUUGCUUCUGGUGGAGGUACUGCUGAUAGAUGCAUUCGAUUCUUUAAUACUUAAACUAUAGAAUAAGUAGAAUGUAUAGAUACUGGUUCUCAAGUUUGUAAUUUAAUGUUUUCUAAAAACUCAAAUGAAUUAGUUUCAACUCAUGGCUAUUCCUUAAAUUAAAUAAUUGUUUGGAACUAUGCUAAUAUGUCAAAAGUUGCUACAUUAACAGGUCAUACUUAAAGAGUCUUAUACUUAAGUGGCUCACCUUGUGGAUAAAAUAUUGUUACUGGAGCAGGUGAUGAAAGCCUCCGUUUUUGGAGUGUAUUCCCAUCAUCUACUUCAAAAAAUAAUCAUGGGAUUACUAGAGCAGAAACAAUUGACUUAAGAUGA